AUGGUCUCCAGGAAUGCCAACCCUCCGAGGUCGCCGGCCCCGAGGGCGCCGCGGGACAGCAUUACCAGCCUCACGGAAGACUUCUACACCCAUGCCUCCGAUCUUACAUCCAUCGAUGAGGACUUCUCCUUGUCGGCAGAUUUCGUCUCCUCCCGCGACUCCGAAGCACACCGGAUUGCCGACAUACCACAUGAAAUCUACCUCGGUUCCCACGAAUCAAGUCUAGACUUUUCUCUGCUCUCAAGACUGGGGCAUGGUGACUCGAAUAGGCGAGACUUUGCCAUGCCCACAAUGACAGGCAUCGAUUCAGACCUGUUGGCUCUGCCAACAGACCCGACGGAGUCUCAACUAGGCGACAACCCUUUCGGCACCGAUGGGGUUGGAGACGCCCACGCAACCGACUCUUCAGCAAACAUCCGAGUCAUCCUUUCCACAUUGGAAAGCCUGCAUAUGCCUUCCACAAUGCCCGCUCCGGGCAUCGACAUGAUACUGAAGAUUACCAGCAUGGCGAUCGGUAACUUGUCGGCACUCUUGAAAGACCCCUGUGGGCUCAACUCAUCGAACAUCACCCUGCUUGCUCUCGUCUGCUGCAAUAACAUUAUAGACGCCUAUCAGCAGAUUUUGUUGGUCCAGAGCAAUCCGGUCUCGGCUGAUAAUGAAAAGGGCCACAACGAAGACGCGAUGGACUACUGCUGUGGCACAGCAGCUAUUGCUGCCGAUAUGCCGAUUGCGGUAGGGGCAUUCCUACCAGACAGUUCUGUCAAGCGGAAGAUCAUCUCCAGCGUGCUUCUGAGCGAGCUUACCAGGCUCGGAAACAUGGUCGAAAGAAUAAUACCAUCUAGCAAGAGCAACGCCAUCCCGGCUAGUCGAAGUAUAAAGGAGGGCGGAGAAUUCGUAUCGACUCUAAAGCCACUUCUGAAGGAGAAACUGAGAGCAAUAAUUAGAGUCGUCAAGGCCGAGAUAACCGAGUCCGAUGAUAUAUAA